AUGGGUUUUCCAUCAUCUUUGCCUCGCCGUGCGCUUUUAGAGAGCGACACGACGUUCGCGGAGGCGUGCGACGCGUGGUGGGCGUCUCACCUUCAGGAGCAGCAGGAAGUGCAAGAGGAGGAAGAGGGAAAGAUAAACCCCGACGAGGGCGAGGACGAGAACGGCGAAGAUACUAGCAACAGCAGCAACGCCGAUGAUGAUGAUGAUGAUGAUUCUUCCGCUUCUACCGCUACCGGUUUCGUCGUCGAGUGGACGGAUGACGAAACGACAGCCGAAGACGAAAGCGAAGGCGUCGUGAAGAGAUAUUGUCCGUGCAAACUAAACACGUGGCGAGGUUUUAGCGAAGAUGGAACGAGAGAAUGGGAGUGUGCGGUAGACGAUAGCGAGAAGACUUCGACGCCUUUUGAGACGUCGGUGAUGUUAAUCAUAACUAUGAUUGUGUUGUGUUUCGCGUUGACUUUUCGUUUGUGGAAGAGGAAAUGGCAAAGUAGGAGACGGGAAAUAGAGGAACGCGAAGACUUGGAAGCGUCGGUGAGGUCGGAGAGUGAGAUUAAGUUUAGGACGCAAGAUGAGAUGUACGAGCAUUGGAAAUCGUGCGUGCAACCGGACGGGACGAAAGUUAUAUGCGUGGAAAUUGAGCCCCGGAGAAAGAAGAAUUUCGACUACGACGACUACGAAGACGAUUUAGUGAUACCGCUCGAUGCAAACGGAAACGUCGUGGUUACGGUCGCUGAUAGCAAAAAUAAUAGCAGUGCAUUUAGUGUGCUUCCGCCACCGGUACCUCCCGUCGUUCGCGCGAGACCGACUGUACUCCAACAACAUCUGUCCGGCGACGAAAUAGGACGAGGAGAAGAGGAAGAAGUAGAAGUGGAAGUAGGAGAAGAUAGAGAAUUCGGUUACGAUGUCGAAGAGGCAACACGUACCACUGCAUUUCCCGAGUUACAAAACCACGGACCAGAACACACCGUUGGUCGGAGGAGAAGACGACGCAACUCUUCUGUAGAAUUUGCAAUCCCCGCGGUUUCUGAUUUAGCGUACGAAGAAAUCGAGCACGAAGAGUGGGCAGAUGAUACUGAAAACAUAGAAGACGACAGUUUGUAA